UGUUGGAACCAGUUUCGAUUUUCCAUCAGAUAUUCCGGUUUAACCUUUAUAGAGAUUAUAAAUGCGGUCGCCGGGGCCCCGGGGUGGCAACCUUGUCUUUUAGCUAUUUAUGUCGAGGGUAGUGAGCGGGGGGUUGGUCCGCAGUGCGCAUGCCCGAUGUGCGCGCCGCUUAUGUAACUCGGGACACGCCGCCGCACCGCCUCCGUCGCCUCUGCCGCAUGUCAGUCCCAGUUUGGCCCCUGCCUUGCACCGUGCGGUGAAAGGCAAGAGCCAACUCGAAAACACCCUAUGAAUAUUCCGUUUUCAUCAUUCUCUCUCGUGCCACGGUUAUAUCAACACCACUUCUGUUAACUUCAGUCCAUCUUGGUCAUUCAUUAUUCAUACGUCUUCCACUCGCAACGGAAGUCGGACUUCUCUCAGUUCGCUUAAACCGUUCCCUAUUAAACAAUCCAUUACUAGUAAAAUUUCACGGCACGAGUGCAUUUCACAGCCUGUUAUUCUAGUUAUUCUCGCGAUAACCUUCACGGGAAUUCAGGGCGCGGUUUAAUGAGGCCUGCUAUGAAAACGUUCAUCAAUUAUCGACGGCGACGGCCGGCUUGUUUACGGCACCGGGGACGCAUUUAGACUUUGUGACAUUACUCCCCUUUAGCGCAUAUAGCGCACUCGUUUGUUACGUAAGAACCCAUAUCCAGGCAAUUUUAACUUUGAGCUCGUCCAUUAUAGCGUGACUAGUUGGACAGUUAACAAUAACAGACACUGACGAUAGGACGUAUUCCCUGAAGUAUAAAUAAUCUCGAACACUAUGGAUAAUACACGCCGGAAACCCCCCGCGAAAAAACGGAAAGCAGGAGACUUAGAUGAUCUCAAACAGGAGUUGGACAUCGAUUUUCACAAAGUAACACCCGAAGAGCUCUACCAAAGAUUUCAGACACAUCCAGAGAAUGGCCUUAGUCACGCGAAAGCGAAAGAGAACCUUGAACGAGAUGGUCCAAACGCACUCACGCCACCCAAACAGACGCCCGAAUGGGUGAAGUUUUGUAAAAAUCUGUUCGGUGGCUUCGCAUUAUUACUGUGGAUUGGUGCUAUUCUUUGCUUUAUUGCCUACGGAAUCCAGGCGAGUACCGUCGAAGAACCUGCGGAUGACAACCUGUACCUCGGCAUCGUGUUGGCGGCUGUAGUCAUUGUUACGGGCAUCUUCUCAUACUACCAGGAAAGCAAGUCUUCGAAGAUCAUGGAAUCAUUCAAGAACAUGGUACCUCAGUUCGCUACCGUCAUUCGUGAGGGUGAAAAGUUAACGCUCCGCGCUGAAGACUUGGUGCUCGGUGACAUUGUUGAGGUGAAAUUCGGUGACCGCAUCCCAGCUGACAUCCGUAUCAUCGAGGCGCGAGGCUUCAAAGUAGACAACUCAAGUUUAACUGGCGAAUCUGAACCUCAGUCCCGUGGCUCCGAAUUUACUCAUGAAAAUCCUCUGGAAACCAAGAACUUGGCAUUCUUCUCUACCAACGCGGUUGAAGGCACGGCGAAGGGCGUUGUUAUCUGCUGUGGUGACAAUACGGUGAUGGGUCGUAUCGCUGGCUUGGCUUCGGGCUUGGACACUGGAGAGACCCCCAUUGCCAAGGAAAUCCACCACUUCAUCCACUUGAUCACCGGCGUGGCUGUGUUCCUCGGAGUCACUUUCUUCGUCAUUGCCUUCAUCCUCGGCUACCACUGGCUGGACGCUGUCAUCUUCCUUAUUGGUAUCAUCGUAGCCAACGUACCAGAAGGUCUGUUAGCCACCGUAACUGUAUGCUUGACCCUGACUGCCAAGCGGAUGGCUUCCAAGAACUGCCUGGUCAAGAAUCUGGAGGCCGUCGAGACCCUCGGAUCCACGUCGACCAUCUGCUCCGACAAGACUGGAACCCUGACACAGAACAGGAUGACUGUCGCCCACAUGUGGUUCGAUAACCAGAUCAUUGAAGCUGACACCACCGAAGAUCAAUCUGGAGUUCAAUAUGACCGCACCAGCCCCGGAUUCAAGGCCCUCGCCAAAAUCGCUACUCUUUGCAACCGAGCUGAAUUCAAGGGCGGUCAGGAUGGUGUCCCAAUUCUGAAGAAGGAAGUUGCCGGCGAUGCUUCAGAGGCUGCUCUGCUCAAAUGUAUGGAACUGGCUCUUGGUGAUGUCUUGUCUAUCAGGAAGCGCAACAAGAAGGCUUGUGAGAUUCCCUUCAACUCUACCAACAAGUACCAGGUGUCGAUUCACGAGAGCGAUGACCCCAGCGACCCUCGCCAUCUGCUUGUGAUGAAGGGAGCCCCUGAAAGGAUUCUGGAACGUUGCAGCACUAUUUUCAUUGGUGGAAAGGAAAAGGUAUUGGACGAAGAAAUGAAGGAAGCCUUCAACAACGCUUACUUGGAACUCGGAGGUCUUGGCGAACGUGUGCUCGGUUUCUGCGAUCUUCAGCUGCCCUCUGACAAGUACCCCAUCGGCUACAAGUUCAACACUGACGACCCUAACUUCCCAUUGGACAACCUUCGCUUCGUCGGACUGAUGAGUAUGAUUGACCCUCCCCGCGCUGCCGUGCCUGACGCCGUUGCCAAGUGCCGAUCUGCCGGUAUCAAGGUUAUCAUGGUCACUGGUGACCACCCUAUCACUGCCAAGGCUAUUGCCAAGUCUGUAGGAAUUAUUUCUGAAGGCAACGAGACCGUCGAAGACAUUGCUGCCCGGCUCAACAUUCCCGUAUCUGAAGUGAACCCACGUGAGGCUAAGGCUGCCGUUGUCCACGGAACUGAGCUUAGGGAACUGAACUCUGACCAACUUGAUGAGAUUUUGAAGUACCACACGGAAAUCGUAUUCGCCCGUACCUCCCCGCAACAGAAGCUGAUCAUCGUGGAAGGUUGCCAGCGCCUUGGUGCCAUUGUCGCCGUAACUGGUGAUGGUGUAAACGACUCCCCCGCCCUGAAGAAAGCCGACAUCGGUGUUGCCAUGGGUAUCGCUGGAUCUGAUGUGUCUAAGCAGGCUGCUGACAUGAUCCUGCUCGAUGACAACUUCGCUUCAAUCGUAACUGGUGUUGAGGAAGGCCGCCUGAUCUUCGAUAACUUGAAGAAAUCUAUUGCGUACACCCUGACCUCCAACAUCCCUGAGAUCUCACCCUUCCUUGCUUUCAUCCUGUGCGAUAUCCCACUGCCCUUGGGCACUGUUACCAUCCUUUGCAUCGAUCUUGGAACUGACAUGGUGCCCGCCAUUUCCCUGGCUUACGAGGAGGCCGAAUCUGACAUUAUGAAGCGACAGCCGCGUAACCCUUUCACUGAUAAACUCGUUAACGAGAGGCUUAUCUCCAUGGCGUAUGGUCAGAUUGGUAUGAUCCAAGCCGCUGCUGGGUUCUUCGUGUACUUCGUGAUCAUGGCUGAGAACGGAUUCCUGCCGAUGCAUCUGUUCGGCAUCAGGAAGCAAUGGGACUCCAAGGCUAUCAAUGACUUGACUGACUCCUAUGGACAGGAAUGGACCUACCGCGACCGCAAGGCUCUGGAGUUUACCUGCCACACCGCGUUCUUCGUCUCCAUCGUCGUAGUACAGUGGGCUGAUCUGAUCAUCUGCAAGACGCGCCGCAACUCCAUCAUCCACCAGGGAAUGCGCAACUGGGCUCUGAACUUCGGUCUCAUCUUCGAAACCGCGCUGGCCGCGUUCCUCUCCUACACGCCUGGAAUGGACAAGGGAUUGAGGAUGUACCCUCUCAAGUUCGUAUGGUGGCUGCCUGCCAUUCCAUUCAUGCUGUCGAUCUUCAUCUACGACGAGAUCCGACGCUUCUACCUGCGCCGCAACCCCGGCGGCUGGCUCGAACAAGAGACUUACUACUAAACAGCACCGACCACUGUCCACACCGUCGUGCAUCAGAUAGUUACUGCGUACAUAAAAGUUCAUUUGUGUUCUUAUAUCAGACUGACAGAGGUUUGCGGUGCCGUUCCGGUAUAUGUGUAAUCGCUGUCGUGUACGCUUCUCACCGCUUGUUACCGCAUCGCUCCGCACAGGGGCACCUGUGUCUGUACCUGUCGAGUGUUCUAUAUUAUUCUGAUGUUUCAUUGCGUAACGUGACCGAGAGGACGCGGCUGCGCUGGCGCCGGCCGGGCCCGCGCCCGCCCCGACCCACCGCACACUUUACACUAUCGUUUCUAACGAACUAUGUAUGUAUAUAUGCACAGUGGAGAAUGAACUUGAUAUUUGUGAUGAUAUAAAAAACAUUUUACACAUAUUAUUUAAAAUCGUGAAUCAUGUUAUUUUUGUAUCGAGAUCGUUUUAAACGUUCGAGUAUCUCGACUGUCAUGCGACAAUUUGCUGAAUCUUUUCGAUAUGUUGAAUCUCUGGCUGACACGUAACGCUGAGCCGCGUGGUGCCGGCCGCGGCCGCCGACGUCUCGCGCCCGGCCGCGGCUCCGCACUCCGACGUCACGCGCAAGCGGCCGCCGACUCGGAUUCAUGUUACAGUAGUACGCCUCAGUGACACUGAUGACAUUAUAACAUAGAUUAAACUAAAACUAAUAAAAAUUGUUUUUCACAUACUUAUGUAAUAAGUAAUAAAUUAUCGUUUAGCGGUAGUUCAUCGUUCGUGAAUCGAGUGGGCAGAAAGUAUGACGCCCGCCGCGCUCCGUGCUCGGCGGCCAACGAAACGCAUUUGUUGUAAAAUUAACAGUUAAGAAGCCAUUAUUAUUAUUAUAAUUUAAGUGAAUUAGAUUUAAGUUGAAUUUUUCGAGUGAAAAAAGUUUAGUUGACGAUUCGAUCGGGUGCAUGGUGUAUGAGAGGUCGAUGUGGAGUGCCUGAGUUUUAGUGUACUACUGCUUACUGUUAGGUAGGUAGUUGAAAUUUUGAUGCCGUAUUUUCAAUUGUAAAAGUAGAUAAAUAAAGCAUACACAGUCGCGAACGCUUAGAGGCGCGGGGGGCGGUGCGCUUGCGCCGCUCCGCUACACGUUCAUACAGCACUGCCGUCGACUAUUGUUCGUUCGUCUCUCGUCAGCCCGGAACCGACGCCCGGCCCGGACCCGACGCUUUUCUUUUCUAAAAAUAAUCAGAUUAUUAGCGAAUUUUGUCAAAUUUAUUAAAAUAGGCUGCUCAUGGUAAUUACGUAAGAUUUUAUUUCUUAAUUAAAAGAUAAUAACAAAACGUAGGGAUGCGUAAUUAGAAAUUUUUAAAAUUAUACAGUUAUGAUAGAGUGAUCUUGUUUUAGUCGGCACUUGGCCCUUGCGCGGCGCGGUGCCGGCACGAGCGGGCGCGUCGGCGUCUCGCACCCGCCGAGGACCAAGUGGAGCGAUUCAUUUCAAUUUUUCGUAACGAAUACAUAUAACAUUAUAAUAAUGGUUACAAAAGUAAAAUAUAACAUUAUAGCGACUAAUAAAAUCUAAAUUAUAUGAAAUGUUUAUAGAUUUAAAUGAAGUUCGUUUCUUUAGGGUGACCUUCUGUGCUUGUUUGAUGAGAACGAUGUACAUCUCACUGACAAUAGUCGUUGAUGAUAUUAUUGUAAUGAUCUAAUCUUUGUAAGCGGUUUGUUUAACGUACACUGUAGAACUAACAUUGUUUUGCGUUCGACAGUUCUUUACACCGAUUCAUUUUAUAGUAUUACUCUGUUGGCUAGGAGCGCUGUAAAAAUGUAAGUGUUAAUAAAAAAAACAUUUUCAAAAUAUUAA